UGACCAAGAUGCUGCUGCUUAAGAGGGGUUUGGGACCCAGGAGCAGUGAAUGCAAAGGGACUCUGACUUCGGAGAGCACGAGGUAGAGGUUGCUAGGGAACUAUGACCAAGGAAGUAUGAGGCAGUGACUGCGAAGGGACUGUGACCAAAGGCCAGUGACUCAGAAGAGACUCUGAUCUAUGGAUAGUGACUGUGAGGAGACUCUGACCUAAUGGAACAUGAAGCAACGGCUGUGGAGAAACUCUGACUAACUAGCAAUAAUUUCGAGGGGCUGACUUCGAGAAGAGUGUGGGACCAGUGUAGUGAACAUGUUAAAAUAAUAUGGAUGCACAGAAUUCAGCCAAAGUCAACACAAGGAAGAGGAGGAAAGAGGCACCUGGACCCAAUGGAGCAACAGAGGAAGAUGGAAUUUCUUCAAAAAUUCCACGCUGUGCAGUUGGCUUACGGCAGCCAGCUCCUUUUUCUGAUGAAAUUGAGGUAGAUUUUAGUAAACCGUAUGUCAGGGUAACGAUGGAAGAAGCCAGCAGAGGAACUCCUUGUGAGCGGCCUGUGAGAGUUUAUGCAGAUGGAAUAUUUGACUUAUUUCAUUCUGGUCAUGCCCGGGCUCUGAUGCAAGCAAAGAACCUUUUCCCUAAUACAUACCUCAUUGUGGGAGUUUGCAGUGAUGAGUUAACGCACAACUUCAAAGGCUUCACAGUGAUGAAUGAAAAUGAGCGCUACGAUGCAGUGCAGCACUGCCGCUAUGUGGAUGAGGUGGUGAGGAAUGCCCCCUGGACCCUGACACCAGAGUUCCUGACAGAACACCGGAUUGAUUUUGUAGCCCAUGAUGACAUCCCUUAUUCUUCUGCUGGUAGUGAUGAUGUCUAUAAGCACAUUAAGGAAGCAGGCAUGUUUGCUCCAACACAGAGGACAGAAGGUAUCUCCACAUCAGACAUCAUCACACGAAUUGUCCGGGACUAUGAUGUGUAUGCCAGACGGAACCUACAGAGGGGCUACACGGCAAAGGAGCUUAAUGUCAGCUUUAUCAACGAGAAGAAAUACCACUUGCAGGAGCGGGUUGACAAAGUAAAGAAGAAAGUGAAAGAUGUGGAAGAAAAGUCAAAAGAAUUUGUUCAAAAAGUAGAGGAAAAAAGCAUCGACCUCAUUCAGAAAUGGGAGGAGAAAUCCCGAGAAUUCAUUGGAAGUUUCCUGGAAAUGUUUGGUCCAGAAGGAGCGCUGAAACAUAUGCUGAAAGAGGGGAAAGGCCGGAUGCUGCAGGCCAUCAGUCCAAAGCAGAGUCCCAGCAGCAGCCCCACUCGUGACCGCUCCCCUUCCCCCUCUUUCCGAUGGCCCUUCUCUGGCAAGACUUCCCCGCCUUCUUCCCCAGCGAACCUCUCCAGGCACAAGGCUGCAGCCUAUGAUAUCAGUGAGGAUGAAGAAGACUAAUUUGUCAUCCCUCCUUUCGUCUCCCCUCCCUCUGUCCCAUCAUUUUCAAAAGCUCUCUGUUGAAUUCCAAAUUGUGAUCCCAACACUAAACCUAAGGACAGUUACAAAGGAAAAACAAUUGGGGCAAGAGGACUUAGGAUGGGGGGACCAGACAACCCAUCCUCCAGGUGGCAUCACCCACCCACUCCAAGAAGGAGGCUGACUAUACCUUAGAAGCCUGUUCUGCUUUCAUAUACCCUCCCCACAGACUUUGCUUUACCGUUUAUGUUCAUGUGAUCUUGACAGGGAAAUUGUCAUUUUUAUUAAUUUUUUAAAAAUUAGUCUUUCAAAUGUAGUAAGUAGAACUAAUUUUUUGCCCGAGAAGUGGGCAGAAGGAAGCCGUGUAAUACCCAAAGGCCUUUUCUUCCUGAUACGCUCUAGUGUUUGCCUUCUGUUCUGAGGCAAACUGGCUUGCCAAGUCCUUCAAUCAAUGAGCCAUGCUGAUGGGUGAUUGGGAGUGGGGAUGGGGGAAUAUAAUUUUGGUUUCCUUUUAAAAAAACGCUAAAAGCUGGGCAACAGUCACAAGUACCCUAAAUGUACUGCUGGCACAUGUGUCAAUGUGGCUGUGGAAGGAAGGAGAUAUGAGCCUAACUUUUCUUACUCCCUGAGGAGUUUCUUGUUGGACCCAAUGGGGUCCAUGAAGACACUGAUGGGGAUGGAACAAGACCUCAUAGCAUCAGCCGAAGUUUUUCUGCUGUGUUCAUCUUCUCAGAAAAUUCUUUUGCCCAGUUAUUUGGGAACUCUUGUCAGUCUCUUUCUUGCAAUCUACCUUUGAAGAAAGGAACACUUACAGGUUUAUUGUGAUCGAGGAAGAGAGUGGGACAAUACUCAAUUCUAUACAAAGUCAAUUUAGAUUCAUUUUCCCCCUGGAGUAAGUCCCUGGCCCUGCUGCUCCUAUUUCUAUGCCUAUUUCCUAGUGUUUUACAAAGGAUACUUUGUAAAUGUCUGCAGUUUAAACAUGAUCUGUUAAUCUGUGUUGCUCAUAGCCAUAUUGAAUAUUUAGAGAGAUUAGCACAGAACAUAGAGUCAGAAGCGUAAGGAAUCCCCCCUGCACCACUUCCUAAAGCCUUAAUUUGACCUUUGUCCCUCUUAAAAAUGUUCUUGACUGGAACCAGUGCCCCACACAGUAUUUCAUUCCCUCUGAGAGUGGCAGCUGACAGGGACUUACUUCCCUCCAACACCCCUCCAGCAAGCCAUAAUGCAAGUGUUCACAGUAGAAGAGUAUGGUAGAUUCUUUCCCUCUCCCACGUGUGCCUGGUGGGUAUGGUCCCACCUCCCCCUGUUAGGUUGCCCGGGGGAGGGAGUGGGGAAGGUUCAUCACUUAAAUUUCACAUCAGAGAAUGCUGAUGCUUAACACUUCCUUUUGAGUAUGAGCUCAUUUUAAACUUCCAGCAUCCUACAGCUUCAUGACCUAGCAGAUCAUCGUCGGUCAAUAAUCCUGUGGCUAGGUUCAGCGGAAGAUAGCUUAUAUCCAGGCCCCACCCUGUCACUCAUAAAUACCCCUUGUGGGGGUGGAGUUUUAGUGUUUUCAACUAGGAAAACCACAUUUUAUCUUUUAUUGCCCCUCUGUUAGGGCUGUGAGCAUCUCAUAAUCACCUCCGUAAACACUUUUGGUAAAACCUACCUGCCUGCACAGCAGGACUACAGUAGGUUCUUAAAACUUAGACCACCCAGAAGCAGAUCAUGGCAGAGUAGAAGGACAAAGAGAGGGAAACCUCUUGUCCUGAUGGCCUGUGAAAACUACAUUUCUAACCCUUCUCAUGAAGUGCUAUUUUUACUAUCAAAUCCAGUUUACACAAUCUUUGGCUUGGAAUCCUUUUUGAAACAGGUGAAGUUAAUGUUUGCCUACAUUACUCAGCUUCAUAUGAACUCGUUUUAACUUUUCUGCUUCAGUCUUCCUUCUUUGAGAAUUCUGCCUAUUUCAGUCUUAUUCUACCCAGUAUAGAAAGGCAAUGAAGUCACUACUGAAGCCCACUUACCUUUUCCCUCAGUGUACACAAGUUAUUUAGUAUAUUUGGAAAGAGAGAGCCCCAAAAUGUGGUUUCCCUUUCUGCAUCACUCCUCUCAAGUAUAUUGUCUGGGUCUCAAAUCUUUGGGCCCUUCUCCAAUGCUCUGUCAAUGGGCUGCUUUUGGCAUGCCUGGCCCUUGGAAUAUGACCUCUAGGCUGAUAAGCUCUGUGAGACUACUAGGGCCAGCAAGUGCACACAUUCUUGGAAAACUCUCUUGCCCCUUUUGGCAAGUCUUUAUAGCCUCAGUCUCCUAACACUAGAAUAUCUUCAAAUAAUUUUGACUGAAAGCAAAAUCUUCUAUAGUGUGGCAUGUUAGAUACUUUGAGAUAAAUGUGAUCCUAAGUGCCAGACGAGAAUGGGUAGUUGGAGGAAGCUGUUGGGAUGAUGCAUUAUUUGAUCAUUUGGGCCUAAUUAAAUGAGGUUAAGGGUUCACAUACCACGACCAUGCCUGUGAUCUGUAAACCUUCUAAUAUUAAUAUUUGAGAUUGCGGAGGUUUGUGUCAGCCCAAAUAGGCCAAUUGUGGCAGAGAUGGGAGAGCCUUAAAAGUUGAUUGGCCUCAGAGCCUCUGUAAGAGAGAAAAAUGGAGAAGGAAGUCCUAUAGCUGAUACUGAGGAGAUGCCAUUCAGCAGUUCCCUUGAGAUGGGCUGGACAGAAAUAUUGCUCUUUUCAUAUACCAGACUCAGGAGCACUGAAAAAUAGAGGUUACAACUUGAGAGUUAUAGAAAUGGAUCAUUUGUGCUGCUACAGCUGCUUCUGAUAGCUAGAGUCAAAGACCACUAUUUCGCUGAAACUCGAGUAAGAAGGUUGGGGAUGUGAGAAGGUUGAAAAUCCUGAAGAGAAGGAAAAAUAUGAGGGAGGUGAAGAGAACUUUGACCUUAGCACCUGAGUUACAUUUUUUAAAGGUAACUUGUGACCACACAGCUGGUCAGGCAUUCUCUGGGUGUUCCCCCUACAGCAGUUCUUCACAGUGCUUUUGUUAUUCUCCUCCUGGAUUAUCUGGACUGUGGGUUGCUUUUGAUUCUCUGGAGCUCAUUGCCUUUUUAAUCCUGUUCCGAUCCCAUAUUUAAAAUCUUUCUAAAUCAAUUAUAUUUUGCUGCUUUUCUUUAAUUCCCUAAAAGCCAUAACUUCUACAUUUUCUGUCAGCACACACUCUUACCAGAAGUUGAAUCAAUACAGGUAGGAAGAAAACCUCCCAUAACAAUGUUUUUAGCUAAUGGUAUUUUUUUAAGCUUACCAAUAUAAGUGUUUUUGAAGGUUAUAUUUUUCAAAGUCACACAAUGAUUGUUCUUGUUUUCUCUCAUAGAAUAACUUGUCAUGGGAUAAAGAGUGGUCCCUAGCUUCUAUUUUUCCAAAUGGGUAGAACAUAUUCUUGAGAUUAUACUAUUAAAUGUUAAUCUUCUUUAAAAGAGGAAAGAUUUUUUUGUCUGCCAAAAUUAUAGGUUAGUAUUCAGAUUGGUGUAGAAAACAAAAGUACCAUUAAAGGAUGAGCCAGGUCAUGUUUCUUUAGGUUUAACAUUAAAGGAUGAGGCAGGUCGUGUUUCUUUAGGUUUGAAGUGGGCUCUCCCACCCCUUUUCAGAGGCACUGACUGUUUUGAACACAGAGACUUGAUUGGUUGGAUUGUUUUAUAUUGAGGAACCUGAAAACAAACAAACAAAAGUAUUGGAAAGGAAUGCUGGCCUUGGCAUGAAAGUUAGCCCCAUCACCGGUGCCAGUAUCCAUAGGAAUGCUUUCCUCAGUUGGUGUUCAGUAUAUUGUUUUCCUGUCUGAGUGUUAUUAAUUUAUUCAGAGUUAUUUUGGCUUUUGUCAUUUAGGCAAAUAAAGGCAAAGUGGUUUUCCUUAA